GUGAUUGGUGUGCUACAUUCGCCCCACACCCUGUAUGCUUACACCUGUACUACCCAUCUCGGCGAUAGGAAGCUCUAUCUGGAACAGAUCAUCCGCCCGCACGAACUGGCGGGUGUACAAGACGGGUUAGCGGAUCAUCAGAAGCAACUAUACCACAACCCCAACACACAGAACACCGACAGCUGUCUGACGCUCCUGCAACGCGCCAAUAUCGAGCACAAUGUGGUGGCAACAAGUCACAUCUACGCUAAUAUGGGCAUGCAGCAAUUGGGCGGACUUUUGGGGGUGGAUGCUGACGUG